AUGACAAUUCAGCGUUUGCGUUUGUUCAAGUCGGGAAACGUGCAGCUCACGGCUGAAGUAUUCAAGCUGGCGAAAGAGUCUCUCUCCUUCGUGCUUACAUGCUUAAAAAAACCCCCAAAACCCCUCGACGGAUUUUCUCCACUUCCCUUUCCCGAUUCUGAUUUUUAUUUUCUUUUUCUUAAUCUUCGUUUCAAAUCGCCAUUUUCAUGCGAAGAUCGUAUCGCGAUGGAUGAAGUUCGUGAGAGACGGCAAGAGCGUCGCGGAUUAAACGCUCGAUUAUUCGUCGCAGGCUUGAUAAUCGUUUCCGUAGAAUGCUGCAGCAGAGUACAAGCUGGUUUGAACCUUUCAGAUCCAAAUCCGGGAACGAAGACGGAACACGUGGCACUCGAUUUGGCAUCGGAGCUUUACAAGAUAGCGGCUGUGUGUGCUGCGAAGGUGAUGAUCAGUGUAGCUUUGGUUCCGGAUGUAGUGGAAGGGAUGCGAAGAACUCAACUACAGUCCGAUUUUGUUCUGGUGAUCGCUUCUAUCUGCGUUCUGAUCUCGGUCUCUUGCUUGGCUUUCUUUCGCUUCUUCGUUGUUGGAUGAAACGAUGUCGUUUGGUCAAAUCAUUCAUGGUCUUCUUUUUUUGUUUCUUUGGUUUUGUGUUGAUAGAGUGAUUUUAUUGAACGUGAUUUGCUGAAAUACCAAUUGAAA